UCCUAAAUUUUAUUCCAUCUGGAAUGCACCCCAGGUCUCUUGGUGGGGAAGAGUUAUCUCAUGUGUGCCCCCGCAUGCUGAGACUUCAUCUCAGGGGAAACCAGGGAGCCCCUGUCUCUCAUCCUUCCGCCCCUGCCCUCGUCAUCACUUUCUCCCCAUUUCUUUGUUCCCUCGACUGUGUCCCCAUCUUUCCGCAUCUCCUGGCCCCCAGGCUCUGUCUCCGCGCCCCCUCCCCCCGUGUCUCUCCUCCGCCACCGCUGUCUCCUCUCCAGCCUGCUUGGGCUGCAGCCCAGCCGUCCUGCCUGGCCAUCCUCCCUGGCUCCCCCUCUGCGGCUCUGAGCUGGCCCCACCCCCUGCCCCCCCACUCGGGCUAGGACUCCUCUGAUCCGCCCGUGAGCACAGAGGUCGGGGGCCUGGGACGGGCCGCAGCACCGCAGCACCCACAGAGGCCUUUCCUUGGCCCAAGCAGAGGAGCCCCCAGCAGAGGGCAUGGGGGUGGGCUGCCCCACCAGGUUAUUACAAGAUACUGAAUAUAGUUCCCUGUGCUCUACAGUUCGGGGCGCCCGCCCCCUGCUAGGCCAAGUGGAGGGGGUGUCCCCGCCCAAUGGGCCUGGCCAGGGCCCUGCGCCGCCUCAGCGGCGCCCUGGAGUCUGGAGACGACAGGGCGGGCGAUGAGGAGGAAGCGGGGCCGGGGCUGUGCCACAACGGGUGGGCGCCAGCGCAGUCGCCGGUGGGGCGGCGCCGCGGGCGCUUCGUCAAGAAGGACGGGCACUGCAACGUGCGCUUCGUGAACCUGGGCGGCCAAGGCGCGCGCUACCUGAGCGACCUGUUCACCACGUGCGUGGACGUGCGCUGGCGCUGGAUGUGCCUGCUCUUCUCCUGCUCCUUCCUCGCUUCCUGGCUGCUCUUCGGCCUGGCCUUCUGGCUCAUCGCCUCCCUGCACGGCGACCUGACUGCCCCGCCGCCGCCCGCACCCUGCUUUUCCCAGGUGGCCAGCUUCCUGGCCGCCUUCCUCUUCGCGCUGGAGACGCAGACGUCCAUCGGCUACGGCGUGCGCAGCGUCACCGAGGAGUGCCCGGCCGCCGUGGCCGCCGUGGUGCUCCAGUGCAUCGCCGGCUGCGUGCUAGACGCCUUCGUCGUGGGCGCCGUCAUGGCCAAGAUGGCCAAGCCCAAGAAGCGCAACGAGACGCUGGUCUUCAGCGAGAACGCCGUCGUGGCGCUGCGCGACCGCCGCCUCUGCCUCAUGUGGCGUGUCGGCAACCUACGCCGCAGUCAUCUAGUCGAGGCCCACGUGCGGGCCCAGCUACUGCAGCCUCGAGUGACCCCGGAGGGUGAGUACAUACCUCUGGACCACCAGGAUGUGGACGUGGGCUUUGAUGGUGGCACUGAUCGCAUCUUCCUUGUGUCUCCCAUCACCAUCGUGCAUGAGAUUGACUCCGCCAGUCCUCUGUACGAACUAGGACGGGCUGAGCUGGCCCGGGCUGACUUUGAGCUGGUGGUCAUUCUCGAGGGCAUGGUCGAGGCCACAGCUAUGACCACACAGUGUCGCUCUUCCUACCUCCCUGGUGAGCUGCUCUGGGGCCAUCGUUUUGAGCCGGUCCUCUUCCAGCGUGGCUCCCAGUACGAGGUCGACUAUCGCCACUUCCAUCGCACUUAUGAGGUCCCAGGGACGCCUGUCUGUAGCGCCAAGGAGCUGGAUGAACGGGCAGAGCGUGCCUCCCAGAGCCCCAAGUCUGGCUUCCCCAGCUCUCUGGCAGCAUUCUGCUAUGAGAAUGAACUUGCUCUGAGCUGCUGCCAGGAAGAAGAUGAGGAAGAGGAGGCCACGGAGGGGGAUGCGGCAGAGGCAGAGGACAAGGCUGCCAGCCCCCAAGUUCUCACACCAACCCUGGCGCUGACCUUGCCCCCGUGACGCAAGCUGGCAUCCCCUUAUUUGCAUCCCUUUCCCAGAAGUAGCAAGAUGGAGAGUUUGGGCCCUCUCCUGGGUGGAGGCAGGUGUUUCCUAAGACCAACAGGCCUGCUGAGUAAAUUAUUAGCUGGUGAUGUUCUGCCAUGCCUAGUGGACCCAUCAUGAACAUACUGGAGGGACCUUAAUUCCUCUGAAUAUUGUGCUCCCUCCUGAGACCCACUUGUCAUUCCAAUUCCUGAGUAUCGCUAGAGAUAAGGGACCCAGAAUUCUGGACCCCUCAAGAGGCGAGGACUGGUAAUUCUAGAUUCCUCUAGAUGGCUGGUUUGGUUUGUUAAGCAGGAUCAUGAAAUGAGGUAUAGACUGCCUCCAGGGGAAGAAGUCAGCUGUUCUCAAGUAGCAACAGAGAUCCAGAAUUCAUUGGCCUGAACUGACUUUAGAUUCAAGGGACUGUUGCUUCUCAACUCAGUUGACUCCAUAGCAAAUCACUUUUUCUAGAUGACCUAAAGAGGGGAAGUUAUGGGAUGCUCCCAAGAGUUUAAGAC